AUGGAGGCAUCCAUCCCUGUGGGAGGCAUCACAGCGUCUCUACUCUGCUGCUGCCUCUUGAGCUCUGCAUGGGCUUUGGUUGACCCCGAUGAUGUUCUCACAAAAGAAGAGCAGAUCUAUCUCCUGGUGGAAGCUAAGGAGAAAUGUCAGAGAGACAUAAAAGCCCAACUGGAGAACAUCAAAGACACCAGCUGCCUUCCAGAGUGGGACGGGAUUAUCUGCUGGCCGAAGGGCUCCCCCAGCCAGGAGGUGUCGGUGCCCUGCCCCGACUACAUCUACGACUUCAACCAUAACGGUCAUGCCUACAGGUACUGCAGCGCCUACGGGACUUGGGCCAUGGCUCUCAGCAUCAACAAGACCUGGGCCAAUUACACCGAAUGCGCUCUGCUCGUCUCCUCCGAGAGCCGGAGCCGCGAGAAGGAGGUGUUUGACCGACUGCACCUGAUGUACACCGUCGGCUACUCCAUCUCCCUGGCCUCCCUCAUUGUUGCUGUCUGCAUCCUCUCGUACUUCAAGCGCCUGCACUGCACACGCAACUACAUCCAUGUCCACCUCUUCACCUCCUUCAUCUGCCGGGCAGUGAGCAUCUUCGUGAAGGACAUGGUGCUCUACUCGGGCACACUGGCCAGCGAGAUGGAGAAGAUGCGGGAGGACGACUUCAAGGCAGAAAUGGGUCCCUCACCGGGACAACGGAGCCACCUGGUUGGCUGCAAGGUGGUGGUGACUCUCUUCCUCUAUUUUCUGGCCACUAACCACUACUGGAUCCUGGUGGAAGGUCUUUACCUGCACAACCUGAUCUUCAUGGCCUUCCUCUCCAACAAGAACUACCUGUGGGUCCUCAUCAUCAUCGGCUGGGGUCUCCCCGCUGUGUUUGUGUCUGUCUGGGCCAGCGUCAGGGCCUCCCUGGCGGAUACAGAGUGCUGGGACCUCAGCGCGGGGAACAUGAAGUGGAUUUAUCAGGUCCCCAUCUUGGCCGCCAUCGUGGUGAACUUCUUCCUCUUCCUCAACAUCGUCCGGGUGCUGGCCUCCAAGCUCUGGGAGACGAACACGGGGAAGCUGGACCCCCGGCAGCAGUACAGGCAACUGCUGAAGUCCACGCUGGUGCUGAUGCCGCUUUUUGGAGUCCAUUACAUGGUGUUCAUGGCCAUGCCCUACACCGAAGUCUCCGGGGUCCUGUGGCAGAUCCAGAUGCAUUACGAGAUGCUCUUUAACUCCUCCCAGGGUUUCUUUGUGGCUUUUAUUUACUGCUUUUGCAAUGGGGAGGUAAGUUCGAACUUACAGGGAGCUGAGCAGUGCGGCUACGGCGGGCUGGCCUCCCACGCCACCACGAGCUUCAGCAUGAGCCUCGCGGGGCGAGGGGCAGGGGGCACGCAGCAGCGGGGGCUGCUGCUCCCUGCCCGCGCCAGCCUGCCAGGCUACAUCCCCAGCUCCUUUGCCUCGGAUCACUUUUUGCCCUGUCCAACCCAGGAGAUGAGCCAGAAAGCCUGUGGGGAAAACAUCGUGGACUUAACAGGCCUGAAUCAGCGUCACCCCAACCUAAACAAAGAGCUGGAGACGAUGCUGUGA